AUGGGGUUAUCGAUCUCCGAGAAGAAAUACGACCCUCCUCAGGUUCCAGAGGGAUGGAAAUCUGCCAGAAGAUCUGCAGCAGAGCGCACAUCGGACUAUGUUUCUACAGCGGAUGCGGCCAAAGCAUCUUCCCUCGACCCGACCUCUAGAGCUGCGGCCCUGGGUGAAGCCCAACUACCGGGUAAAUCUAUUUUCGAUUGGAUGACACCAGAGGCCCGCGAACGGAUUGCAAAGCUUACUGGAAAGACCAAUCUCCCACCCGCCAUGAGUGAAAAGGCACCCACGGGAUACGAGCUGUCAGAAUCCGAUCGACGAAGGGAUCUUUGGGAUCUUGUCCCGAAGUUGGACAAGCAAACCGCGGUCCAAGCCUUAACUCGAGGUGUCAGCGGGUGGAUGCCCUAUGCAGAAGAUGAAGCCAAGCGCGCCCGUUAUCGCUCCUUUAUCGAGAUCCGAGCCGGUCUUCGCGACACUCUACCCGACCGAGUUCCGGGAUCUAGCACCGACGAGUGGGUCACUGAGAUGCAGGAGUUUGCCCGGGCUGCCGAGGUGUUCAAGCCCAUGUCCGGGGUUAUGGCAUCUCGUUUCACGUCAGCUUCGUCAGGACCCAAGGUUGUCUCCGAUGCGCUAGACUCUGACACCCCGCUCAGUCGGCCUGCUGAGAAACCCGAGGACCCAGCCGUGAGCGCUGCCAAGAUUGGAAUGUUCGGUCAAAUGACUCGAAGUACACAUAGCUUCUUUCCGACCCGUCUUCUCUGUAAGCGGUUCAACAUUAAGCCCCCUGACCAUGUACAGCUUGAUCCUGGCCGAUCGGGUGACUCUGGUCCUGGCACUCGUUUCCAGUCAGGUGGCUAUCAGACCGACUCCAAACCCCGGGAUUUGAUUUCGAAGGAGGUGAUGGACAUGAUUAUGAUUGAGUCAGGUCGCCAGCCGGUUCCUGCUCCUGAAGCUGCGCAAGCAGCACCUGUCGUGGAGCCCGAGCACAAUGAAGCCCUCGAGGCUGAGCGGCCAGGCGAUGCGAUCUUCAAAGCAAUUUUCGGCAGCGACGACGAGGACGAGGAAUGA